AUGGCCGCCCAGCCACCCUACCCCCUGCACGAGUCCAUCAAAGACCUGCUCGAUCCCGAAUAUGCCAGCUUCUACAACCAGUACUUACUACACGCGCCUCAGGUACACUACCAGCCCGUCGCUGCGUCGCGAGUCGGCGGCAAGCUGAUCCCCGGUGGAACCGACCCCCUCCCCGUUGGGAAAACCAUCGACGUCCAGAUCCCCCGUCUCGAAUCCACCGGCCCACCCGUCCCCGUCCGCGUAUUCAUCCCACCGGGCUCCCCAACCGCUCCAGAGGGGUGGCCCGUCUUCCUCUGGUACCACGGCGGCGGCUGGGUCCUCGGCAACAUCGAUUCGGAAAACAGCCUGUGCACAAACCUGUGCGCGCGCGCGUCCUGCAUCGUCAUCACCACCGACUACCGCCUCGCCCCCGAGAAUCCGUUUCCGGCGGCCGUCCACGAUGCCUGGGAGACGGUGCUGUGGGUGGUUUCGGGGGCUGCGGCAAAGCACCUGCGCCCGGAUCUCGGUGGCCUGGACCUGAAGAGACUGGCCAUCGGCGGCUCCAGCGCCGGCGGGAACCUCGCGGCUGUGAUGACGCACAAGGCCCGCGGACACGGCGCCUUUCUCUCAAAAGGUAUUGGAUUCACGUACCAGAUUCUAGUCGUCCCCGUAACGGACAACACGGCGAGCGUCACGAACAACGCCACAUACGCCGCCUACGAACAUACGCCCGCGCUCCCUGCGGAGAAAAUGCUAUGGUACCGGCGCCACUAUCUCCCCCGAAAGGCCGACUGGGCAGACCCGCUGGCAUCGCCGCUGCUAGCGAGCGACGAGAUGUUUGAUUACCUGCCGAGGGCGUUGAUUGUUGUUGCGGGGCUUGAUGUGUUGAGGUGGGAGGGGGAGGAGUAUGCGCGGAGGUUAGAUGGCGCUGGGGUGCAAGCGGAGGUUGUGGUUGUCGAGGGGGUACCGCACCCGUUUCUGGUGAUGGAUGCGGUCUUGAGGAAAGGGAGGGAUGCGGUUAGUCUUUUGUGUCAGAGGCUGGCGGAGGCUUUUGAGUGA